AACCCAUUUGAUCAAAAUCAUGUGGGAAGUUCAAUCCGAUUGGUACUCUCCAACUCGCCUGAACAGCAGCCCCAAUACCCAGUUCGAUUUUCCGGGUGAUCGGUUUAUACCAAAUAGGAGUCUGAUGGAUCUUGAUCAAGCACAGAGCUUAUUGACGGACAGAACUGUACCGAAUCGGAACUCCAAUUUCAGUGAGGCGUAUAGAAAGAAAUUGCAGGAACUGGCUAUGGAUUCAGAUGGGAACCCUUUUAAGAUGUUGGUGUUUAGGGGAAGCCCAAAAUCGAGUCGGAAACCGCUUCUUUGUGUUGAUGAGAUGCGCCGGAGUGAUGAAUUUGAUAGCAAUAUUAGACCUACUCUGCUUCGAAGAUUGCCCAAGGGAGAAAGUAGAGUUCUGGAUGCACCAAACAUGAGAAAUGAUUUUUACAUGAACAAUAUGGACUGGGGAAAGAACAAUGUUCUUGCAGUCGCUCUUGGCCUCGAUUUAUACCUCUGGAACUCAAAAACAGCAAAUGUACGUAAGCUGUUUCAUGUCGAUGAGAAUGAUUACCCCACAAGUAUAGCCUGGUCUCAAGAUGCCAAAUAUUUGGCAGUUGGAUUUAAGAGCUCGAAAAUCCAACUCUGGGAUGCUGAAGCUUCCAAGCUGGUCAGAAGCCUAAAAGGUCAUAGUAGAAGGGUUGGAGCUAUUACAUGGAAUGGUCACACAUUAACAUCAGGGAGUCGAGAUUGGUCCAUUAUUAACCAUGAUGUCAGAGCAAGAAACAAUGUUACUUGUCAUAUACGUGCACACUCUCAAGAAGUCUGUGGCUUAAAAUGGUCGGAAACAGGCAACCUAUUGGCAAGCGGUGGCAAUGAAAACCUCCUGUACAUUUGGGAAUCCUCAAAAAUGAACUCAUCGAAAUACUUGUAUUGCUUCAAAGAUCAUUGUGCUGCAGUCAAGGCACUUGCCUGGUGUCCUUAUCAGUUUGGUGUACUUGCCUCCGGAGGAGGCACAGAAGAUGGGUGUAUUAAGUUAUGGAAUACACAAAUGGGGACCUGUAUCAACACCAUUGAUACCCACUCCCAGGUCUGCGGAUUGGAGUGGAACAGGCAUCAUAAAGAGAUACUGAGUGGCCAUGGUUAUAGUCCGAGCGAGCUCAUCAAGAAUCAGCUAUGUGUCUGGAGAUAUCCUUCCAUGGAGAAAGUGGGGAACUUAAAGCGCCACGACACAAGAGUCCUUCAGCUUUCUCAGAGCCCUGAUGGGUUAACUGUGGUAUCAGCUGUUGCAGACGGGACUCUUCAUUUUUGGGAUAUCUUUGAACCCCCAUGUGCUGACAAUUUAAGGCUCUCAGCUCUGGACAGUUUUUUGUCUAAUAAGACUUCUCCAAUAAGAUGA